AUGCUUCCAGUACCCAGUGACAUCUCCGACGAAGUCUUCUUAGCAACUAGUUUAAGAUGUGGACGUGUUUUAACGGCCAAGGAAAGACACGUUUGGAGAUGGACGGGAUUCCAUUUUGGUGUCGAUUUGUUGAUGAUUACGGACGAUUCGACGAUUUCCAUUAAGAGGAAUCACAGGUCUGAAUUUGGGCAGCUUUUAAGUUUACAAACAACAAGACACGUAGCUAUAAGGUAA